CGCAGAGGGCCCUUUCAGCACCUGCCAUGCAGCGCGCUCCUUACUUCACACGUUACACUCUCGGUUGACAGUCACUCGAGUGAAGUUAUCAGCGGUGUUACUCCACCAUGGUGAAGAGGAAAACAACAAGCGAGCAGAGCUAAGGAGGAAGACGGCUUCUGGUUUACCCCUUCAGCGUCAUCUGCGACUUUUUAAGGAUUACCUACUCACGAUGCAUCUGAGAACACUGCUUUCGUGAAAGUUUAAGAAGAAUUGCACAUGGACUUGUUUUCGCGGCGGAAUGUCGCAGUGAGCUCGAAGCACGCCCGGAGACCUUCUGAAUCUCGGCCGAAGUGACAGGACAGUCAGCCGGUGGAGGUUUACCUGAGCAGGUGAAUCAUGUCCAAGCCCAUGGAUCACGUUAAGCGUCCCAUGAACGCGUUCAUGGUGUGGUCCCGAGCGCAGCGGCGGAAGAUGGCACAAGAAAACCCGAAAAUGCACAAUUCCGAGAUCAGCAAGCGGCUCGGAGCGGAGUGGAAACUUCUGACGGAGUCCGAGAAGAGGCCGUUCAUCGACGAGGCGAAGCGACUGCGCGCGAUGCACAUGAAGGAACACCCUGACUACAAAUACAGACCCAGGCGAAAGCCCAAGACUUUAAUGAAGAAAGACAAAUUCGCGUUCCCCAUGGCGUAUAACUUGGGCGAGCACGAGGCGCUAAAAGUGGGCGGCUUACCGAGUGGAGCGUUUACCGAGUCGUUAAUGUGCAACCCGGACAAGGCGGCAGCGGCGGCGGCGGCAGCAGCAGCAAGGGUGUUCUUCAGCCCCUCCAUGUCUACAAACCCCUAUUCGUUUUUUGACCUCGGCUCAAAAAUGACAGAGCUUUCUCCACAGUCUUUCUCAUACGCCUCACCUUUGGGUUACCCGACAGCGGCGACGGCUUUCUCCGGAGCGGGCGCACACACUCACACGCACUCCCACCCAUCACCGGGUAACCCGGGCUACAUGAUCCCGUGUAACUGCGCGGCGUGGCCGUCUGCGGGGCUCCAGCCACCCCUUGCCUACAUUUUACUACCCGGAAUGGGCAAACCACAGCUUGAACCGUAUCCCGCGUACGCGGCGGCGUUAUGAGACUCUGAGAAAGUUUCUAAAUGUGAAGAAAAGAAAAAAAAGAAAAAAGCGCAAUACACGUGGAGCAUGAACAUGUGAUGCCACGAUCUUCAUAUCAGAUAUCACAUGUGUUUGCAUCAUGAUUAAUGCCUUGAUGUAAGGUAAAACUCUCGGUGUGGAUAUUAAUGACAAACGACAAUGUGCUGAAUUAAUCCAGAAUGAAUCCUUAUCAAUGUGAAGACUCACCUGUUGACUCUGUGACUAGUUUACCAUGUGUCGCUGGUGCAGAGAAAUCGGCCAAUGCUGGGUGCAUUUUAAUUAUAAAUGGUUAUGAAAAUCAGCCUUGAUUAGACUAAUUCCCACGCAGUUUUUUUUUUCUUAUUUUUCCUCAAAUCAGUCAUAUUGCUGUAAAUGUGUACAGUUUUAUUAAAUCAUAUCUGGUUAGAGCUGACGGACUAGAAAUCAGGUGUAUAUUUUGAGUUUCGAAUACUAUUCCAUGGAUGUAAUAUUUAUUGUUCAGUCAGUAAAACUACCCUAGAUCGUGGCACACGAGAUUUGCACAAAGGGAGACCACGAGCACUUAAAAAGUGUAAUUUAUUGAAGCUAAAAAUAUAUAUGCCCAAGUUCCUGAAAUUGUUAAGGGUCGACAUAUUCUACAUCAGACGAGUGUCAGAAAGUCAGUCCGUUUUUUACUAACUGGAAGUGAAAUUGUAUGUUCUAUGUUUUGCAUAAUUCCACUUAUAUGUACUUAAAAUGCAUAUCGUUCAUUUAUUGAACAAGGGGGAUAUAAUAAAGCGUAUGCGGGAAAAAAAAUGUCAUUGCUCUAUAAUUCUUGAUGAAUGGAGAACAAGAUUUGUUUCUUGAAUGCCUUUACUUGGUCGGGACAGGUGAAGUGUAAAGUAUCCUCUAAAGGACGCUUUUGUUCCGGCUUUGAAUAGAAUUACUCAGAAAUCUCAAGCAGGUCUUUGUAAUCAAGAGCCAAAAUCCUGAAUUAUCACAACUCAAAUCAUGCAUAGGAAGGAAGAUAGAGGAGUUUAGUUUUAAGCAGAAAAACGAAACCAUUCAGGCCUUUCGGACAGACUUUUCGUUUAUAUAAAAAAAAAUGGAAACAUUGUCUAUUUAAUAUUUUUGGCAUUAAUUAUAUGUCUAACACACAUAUCCAUCCUUCAAACUGGAAAUAAUUAUUCCAAAAAGACGGCUAUCUUCCCAAAUGUGCUCCGUGCGGGGUCGUUUUCAAUGUAAAUACUCUCUUGGAUUACAUUAAUAAGUUAAUUCAUAUGGCUCGGGCCAAUUAUGCAAAACUAAUUUGGACUGUCCAGGGAUAAUUAGCUCCGCCACGGUUAAUUGAAUCUUUUCUCUUCUGUCUCCACGGAACUUCCUGCUUCGCUUUGGGAAAGUGACCUUGUUUCUCUUGUUAUGAACCAGACGAAUCAACAAAUCAGAGAGCCAUAUGCACAUUAAUUACAGGACAGGCACGUUUCUUCUUCUUCUUCUUCAACGCAGCUUCCUUAUGACCUUUUGCAUGUUAUUUUUUUGUUUGCAACUCACACUCCCAAACUAAUUAAGAAUGUGAUAGAUUUGCAUUUUAGUGCAGUA